ACUUCACAAUUCCAGGAAAGGAUCUAACAGCGGUGAACUUGACACAAUGUGUUUACUUCCCCCUUCUCCAGGGAAACCAACCAGUAUACACAGGCAGUGAAUGUAAAGAGUUAUAUACAGACAGACAGGCAGACAGACAGGCAGAUAGAUAGAUAGAUAGAUAGAUAGAUAGAUAGAUAGAUAGAUAGAUAGAGAGAGAGAGAGAGAGAGAGAGAGAGAGAGAGAUACUGACACUGACAGCCUUCAAAUAGUCCUUAACUGCUACAUAUCAACCACAGUGUGUGAAGAUGCCAUCAGGUGAGGGAAAGAGUGACAUGGAUCGUCUGGGUGUCUUUAAAGAAAUGAGCUACAUCUCUAUAGGAGACAAGUACAUUUCACCCACCAACCGUCCGUUCAAUGAGUCGGCCUAUCGUAGCCGGCAGAUGCAGGUGGGCUUCGCCAGACAACGAUGUGCUCAGCAGAGCGGAUUCUUCGACAAGUCCUUCAAACGGAUUUUUGAACGUGAAGCAUUAAAUGACCCGCUGAAACUGGUCCGACAGAACCGCAUCCAGCAGGCCAAGAAGAACCUGAGCAAGGCCUUCCUUCCCUGUAAUGGUGUCAAGAACCCCUGUGGUUCAGGUAGUUACUAUGGGACUCUGUCGGGACCAGUUGAAGCCAUGAGUCCUCUGUUGGUCGCUCGGAAAGCUCAUCGCUCACCUGGACGCAACAUCAUCACCUCACCUCCCAAGAAAGGCAGUGGUUACAGCUAUCCCAAUGUAACACUAUCCAAAACUGAGCUGUAUGCCUCAGACCCCUAUGAUGGAGCCAAAGAAGUACUGAAGAAAGAGGCAGCAUCCAAUCGCUCCAAGUUAAGAGAUGGUCCCUUCAAGCUCAACCUUCACCCCAGAGAUUAUUUUCAAGACAAUCCAUACCGCAGUGACAAGCCUCUCUCACCAGCACAAAAGCGUCCCCUACUUGCACAGAAAGUCUCUCCUGCUCCAUUCAAACCCCCGUCCCCCGGCAAGCGGAUUGGAGGAAUGAAAGCAGGGACGUUUGACACUUACCCCUCACAUUCUGCUGAUCCAUUCAUCAUUCGCCGUUCCAAACCAACCAAUCAAGAGCCAAUCUUUCGCCCACCUCCUGGUCCUAAGAGCACACCUGUCAGGAGUAUCAUCACAGCCAAUGUUAACAGGAGUGUGCACUCGGCAAACUACACCUCAGCCAUCCCAGCUGUGAUGACAUUCUGACUACAUGCUGCACCAACACUAACAGUGUACUAUAUGAGUUAUUGCUUUAUCAUCACAAUCCAGAGUCUUACUGAUACAAUACUUUUAAAAAGUUUUAUUCCAACAUGAAGAUGAUGCUGCUGUCUGCCUGUUCCUGUUUCUUUUCUUUUUGUGUAUAUUUGUAAUGUUCUGGAAGGAUGUUAUACAUGCAGUAAUAAACACAAGCACAAAUAAAGUUUAGCAGAGUUAUUUGUGUCUCCAGUUCAAGAAGUAAGUAACAAGAUGCUUUCAUUAUGUGGUUUUAUGGAAAGCAAAAAAUGGCUCCUGAUCAUCAGUACAGCAUGUCUAUGUCUACAGCAGAGGAUCUGUACGAUGGUCCACUGCAGGCUGUAAAAUGAACUGACUCUGAGCAUCAGUACAAAUCCACACUGGAACUCGUUAUAUGAAAAUGACUUUAUUAAAAACAAAAAGCCAGGGGAUAUAAUGGUUCCUACACAACUUCAGCUACCAAAGGACAUAUUGAUAAGUAUGGAUUUUGAUGAUACCAGGAUAAAUAUAGGAACACCAUGCUAAUACUGGGUAGGCAUUGGUUCCACAAAUAUAAUUUUCAAUGCUCACUGUUAACCAUGAACCUUGAAAAUUCUGAGCCGGCCUUAACCUUGAAAUUUAAAAAUAAUUCUUUGUCAGUACUUGCUCAGUUAAAGUUAACAAGGGCUCAGGUUCAGUUCUUUGAUUCAAACAAUUAUCAGCAUAGAUAUUUGGCAUUUUGACGCCUAUCGGCAUCAGCCUUUUUUUUAAUCUGACGGCUGAGAUCAAUUUAAAACUGGAUUAUUUUGGCUCUGAUGCAGCCGUGCCUCUCUGUCUGCAGUCACUACUCUGUCUCCAGCAUUGUCCCACCCACAGCACCAUCUGAUUGGUUACACACAGAGCCACGACACGGGUAACAGCCAAUCAUCAGUGAAAGUUGUGCAUGCACAGUGCUCACACACACUGCAGAGAAAAAGUUUUGCUGGAUGGAGAAGCUCCAGAGAGCAGAUAUAUGUUUCUUUAUUCACUGUGGAAAACUUUAGGGAGCUAGUUAUUUGAUUAGUUUUCAUUUAACUUUCUAAGACAUGCUGCUGAGCCUGGGAGCUCCCUGCACUUUAUGUUAGAAUUUUAAAACAAAGAUGUCUAUUGUCUAAGAUAAAAAAAACCUUUAACAUGUUGCAAAUCUGAAAAGCUGUUUAAUAAACAUA